AUGAGCGAACACAGACUCUCCAUUCCUCUCCCUGUCUUCGAUGCUGAGCUCGAGGCCAAGGCGUUCACAGCCAAACACCAGCAGCAGCAGCAGCAGCAGCAGCAGCAGCAGCAGCAGCAGCAGCAGCAGCAGCAGCAGCAGCAGAGGGGGGAUGAUGGGUGCGAUUAUGGAGAUAUAGCUUCUGCUGCUUCUUGUGUAUGUUCAGCAGCAAACGCACAGGCAAAGCUUCCUGCUGCUGCUGCUGCUGCUGCUGCUGCUUCUCUUUUGGGGGGUUCUUCGUUGCAUGCGUUGCUGCAGCUGGACGAGGCAAUUCGGCCGCACAAAGACAGCGCAGCAGCAGCAGCAGCUGCUGCUGCUGCUGCUGCUGCUGCAGCAGCAGCAAACAGCAGCAGCAGCAGCAGCAGCAAUGGACGCAGCAGCGCGCUGCUGCUGCAGGACACCAUUGCUGCUGCUGCUUCGCCAGAGGCAGGCUAUAUCUCCUCUCCCUUAGCUUCAGGCUCCCCAACAGAAGCAGCAGAAGGGCUGCAGCAGCAGCAGCAGCAGCAGCAGCAGCAGCAGCAGCAGUUGCAGUUGCAGUUGUUGCUGCAGCAGCACCGCAGCAGCAGCAAACAAACUGCAGCAACAAACACAAUAGACAUACACCACCACCACCAUCAACAGCAGCAGCAGCAGCACCACCACCACCAACAGCAGCAGCAGCAGCAGCAGCAGCAGCAGCAGCAGCGCAGCAAACAAACAACAUUGCAGUUGCAGUUGUUGCUGCAGCAGCACCGCAGCAGCAGCAAACAACCUGCAGCAACAAACUCAAUAGAUAUACACCACCACCACCAUCAACAGCAGCAGCAGCACAACCACCACCACCAACAGCAGCAGCAGCAGCAGCAGCAGCAGCAGCAGCAGCGCAGCAAACAAACAACAGCAGAAAUGCAGCAAUCUCUCUCUACACCCCUGGAGCGAUUCUUCGUUCCCUUUGACUCUCCUCCUCCUUCUGCUGCUUCUGCUGCUGGGGGUGUGGAUGGGGGUUACCCUCUGGCAGCAGCAGCAGCAGCAGCAGCAGCAGCAGUAAUAGCUGCAGCAGCAACUGCUGCACCAGCUGCAACAGCCACACAGACAUACCAACAGCAGCAGCAGCAGCAGCAGCAGCAGCAGCAGCAGCAGCAGCAAGAGAUAGCGAUGCUUCUUGCGCAGCAGAAAUGCAUCCUGCUUCCUCUUCUCAACACCAACCACCUCUAUCUGCUGCUGCUCCCUCCUCCUCUCCCUCUCCCUUCCCCCCCGCCGCACCACCAGCAGCAACAACAGCAGCAGCAGCAGCAGCAGCAGCAGCAGCACCAUCCUGUGUGA